CUGUAACGCAGCGGAGUGUGAGGAGUGUGCGUGAUGUUUAACGUCGCGCAUCAGGGUCGGAAAUACGUCCCUACGCGCUCCUCGGUCACAGAUGACUGUCCAGUAACCGCGCGGUGUGUUCAGAUCAACAAACCCUCCUGUACACUGAAGGAAGCCCCAGAGGCGACCUGGCCACCGAGUGCCAAGAUGCGGAUCUCAAAGGGCAACAAGGGCGCGGUGGUGAGAGUCCGGCGGAAUGCGUCUCCUCAACCGGCCAGCCUGGAGGAGCUGGAGGCGUCUUGGAGCGACAGAGGGCAGUCGGAGGUGAAGCCACCGGAGAGUUUACCGAGCCCCGAAGCCGCCGGGAACGGGAUUGAAGGAGGUCCACCACGGAACAGGAAGAAAGGGUUCAGACCCCCCGAUGUGAGAACCAUCUUCUCCCCAGGAGAGAAGGACCCCAGGGUGAAAGAUGAGUCCGGGGAGGGACACACGUUCGAGCCCGGAGGCAAUAACACAUGGUGUGACGUGUGCUGCCAAUACAUCUUCUAUCAUGGUCUCACCUGUGCAGGUUGUAAGUACACAUGUCACACGGCUUGUCGGGACCGAGUGUCUCUGGACUGUCACCCUGCAGCUUCAGUCAGUCAGGACCAGCUCAACAACAACACGCCGCCUCAUGAUGUGGAGAAGGAGAGAGAGUUGCGGACAGAGUUCAGCAGGGAGGAAAUCAGGCAGAAGGUCGAGCAGUACAACAAGCUGACCACAGACCUCCUUAAAAUGACACUGAAUCAUCAUACUGGUGUGUAUACUGGUUUCAUCAAGGUCCAGAUGGACUUGAGGAGGCCGGUGACGGUGCGGGGGGGCCAAAGAGGAGCAGGAGGAGCAUUAGUGGAAGAGGCAUUCUAUCUGCCCCGAGGAGUCACCAACACCCUCCACAUUAGCUCCAAUAACACAGUCCGACAGGUGAUCGUCGCCCUGCUGAGCAAGUUCACAGUCGCAGACAACCCGGCGAAAUACGCCCUGUACAAACGCUAUUGCAGGGAGGAGCAGGUAUAUGUGUGUAAGCUGGCGGAUGGCGAGCAGCCGUUGUUUCUUCGUCUGGUGGCGGGACCCGACAGCGACACGCUCAGCUUCGUACUGAGAGAGCAACAGACUGGAGAAGUCAUGUGGGAUGCAUUUUCCAUCCCUGAGCUGUGUAACUUCCUGCGGAUCCUCGACAAGGAGGAGGAUGAGCAGAAGGUGGCGGUGAUUCGCCGCUACGAGGCCUACCGGCAGAGACUGCAGGAGGCCCUGAGGGAGGUCAGAGGGCCUUCUUAGAGGACUGAACUCUAUAAAACAGGACUACUGCCCCCCAGAGGAACGGAGGAGGUGAUUUAUUUUUUUUUUAACCUCCUCAGAGGAGAUAAUUGUGUAAAUUCUGAUGGAGAGAGAGGGAUGUGAGAAGAGAGGAUCCAGCACCUGGAAGAAGGGAUGAUACAGACAGAAAGAGGGAUGAUAUAAAGAGGACUGGACAUAAACUGAGAGACAGCAAGCAAAGGACAAGUGAAUAAAGGGAUGAACGGACAAAAUUUGGACGGACGCAGCUGGAGUUUGAUUCAGCCUGGAUUAAAGACGUCAAACUUCUGCCUGCAGUCUGCCUCCUCACACCAAAGAUUCACUCUACUGUGCCAUAUUCAUUCAUCCCCUCGCCCUCUCUCGGUCCAUCCCUCUCUUCUUCUUCUCUCACUCUGUCCUGCUGUCACAUAAUUUAUGCUGUUUAUCCGAUUCCUCUUCGUUUCCCUUUUUUUUAUCCUUUUAAACUUGUGAAAGACUCAAGGCCAUAUGUUGAGUUAGAGUUUUAUUUAAUUUGUUUGUUUCAAGGUCUGUAAAUAUUUUUUUUUCUUAAUUUAUAUGGGUGAAGCUUUUUAUCUUUUUAUUUUGUUGUUGUUUUUUAAGCAAAAAAAAAGUCUUAUUUUAGUUUAUCCUACAAAGGCAGAGCACCGAUCUGAUGUUUACACAGACACGGAGAAUAGUUUAUCCAAACUAGAGGUUAAAUACUCAGACAUCAUGAGCAUCAGACACCACUGGAUGUAGAUCAAAAACCAUCCCUCAAGCUGUAGCUAUAUAUAGAUGAUGGAAAUACAAGAAAAUUUGAAAAAAUCCUGGAAUUAAAGAAGUCUUGACCAUCGUUGCGUUUAGCUUGAAUCACCCUGAAAGUUGAGAAAUAUUUCUGAGAUGACAAAGGAACAAGGUGGCUGGAUGAAGGUAUGGAGUCUCAGGUGUGCCAACGACUAUACUGUAAAACUACAUUAUAAAAGCUAAAAAGAUUUCUUUUUUCGUUUUACUUACUUUUUAUUGCUUUUAAUAUAACAUAAAGAUUGCAAAAUGAACAAUAAAAUAACAGAACAGACUAUGUCCCCUGGGGCAACACGUAAAAAGCCCUUAAACAUUUUGAUAUUUCAUUCAUAAAUAAUUUGUCUCCUGCUGUAACAUUUAAUUUUUAUUUAGUGAGGAGACAGAAAAACUAAAAAUACCAGUUUAUACGGCUCAUUUAAAAUUGAUUCACCAAUUCAAUUAAAAACAAAACAAAUGUGUUAAUUGGCAAAUGCGAUGUUAAAUCAUUAACUCUAAUUUCCAUAAUUUUCCUGCUUUUACGAAUACAAUGUAGAAGUGAAAUUUAAAGACAAUAUCUUUAUAUUUAUUAACAUUCGACUUUCUGUUUUUAAUGCAUAAUUUUAUUUCAAAUUUUAUUAUUUUUUAAGAUAUUAUUAUUAUUAUUAUUAUUAUUAUUGGCACACUUCAGACUCCAUAGUAGGUUGGCACGGAACUGAAUGUUGUAGACGAAGGUGCAGUGAUAUGAAAACAGAUGUAUUUCAGAUUUAAUGUGACUGAAAACAGACAUAACACAUAAUCAAAGAGGAAAGGUUUUUAUUGAAAGACUAAAAUAAUAGAGUGAAAUAGAGGCGUGUGAGCACGGGAAGAAAUUCAGUUCUUGUUGUGAAGACAAGUAAGAACGAUUGAGACAAACUGGUUGGAUUUAAAGCCUUUGUUUGCAUUUUCACUCCACCAGCUGAGUUCGAUGCAACAUGACCUGGAGAGACUGACGUAGUUUGGAUAGACCUGACCCCUGACCUUUGACCCGGCAUGUUUAGAGCAGGGAGGAUUGAGAUUUGAGUGGUUUCUGUAAGUUGACUGAGAAGUUCAGAGGAAGUAUUGGAUAAAAAUUAAAUGUUGGGAAGGUUUUUAAAAGGCCAGAGGAGCAGUAAAGCAGUGUGACCAUAACCUGGAGGACAAUGACGGGAUUUUCCUCAAACAACCUGCUUGUUCACUCUGUGCAUUUAUGAAAGCUCCUGUAGUCCACAGCUGAGAGAAAAGGAGGUCUGCAAGUGCUGACAGCUGCAGAAAACGGCUGCAUUGUGCAGCUCUCCGGCCUGUAUGUCUGUCGGCAGGCGUUCAUUUUAAACAACUGUUUAUGUGCUCUUAUCUCAAGUUUAAAAGCGCAGCAUUGUCUCCUCCUUGUCUUUUAUUCCUGGUGGAUAAAAAGGAAAAAUAUUAGAGGGAAACAAGGAAAGACAGAAAGGAUGGUAGUACAGAGAAGAGAAUAAAAUAAAGGACGGAAAGACAGAAAAUUUAAGAAAGCUAUGCAUUACGAAGUGUAAACGAAGGUUAGAAAAAGGUGAGUUUUGUGCAGUUGGGGUGCAUGAAAGGCUGUUGGUGGUUUUACAGGUAAAUAGCUGCCUUUAAAUAUGCAAUGUCUUCUUUAAGUAUAUUUAAUUGAUCAUUUAUGGCUUAGAGACCAAAAAUGCUUGUUUUCUAUAUAGUUCUUUUUGUUUUGUUUUUUGCUUUUUGAAUUAGCAGUUAGUCAGAAACAACAAACAAGUAAAGAUAAAUCACAAGACAAUCAUUUGGACAACCAAAACUUUAAUUCAGACUAUUAAAAUGUAUCAUUAGUCAUUAAAAAUAUGUAUUGUUUGAGCUGCAGGUACUGAAUGAAGUCAAACUGACGGUGCUUUUCUGUAGAAAUCUGUUGUACAAUACCGCCAUCCAGUGGACGAAUACUGCAACUAUUCUCUCAUAUCUGUGUCAAACAAAUGUAUUGAUUUAUUUAAAUGUUUUUGUUAUAACCAAAUAUAUUUUUGUGGUGUUGCCUGGAGCAAAAAUAUAUUGGAGGCCUGUUCCCACUAGAGGGGAAAAACAAAUAGUUAAGAGUUUUAUUUAAAGGGGGGUUUAACCCUAGUCUAUUCUACUAUCAAACACUGGGUUAAAUCUAUGGAAGCAAAAUUAAAAAGGCCAUAAGGAUUUGAGUCUUACAAGCAACUGAAUACCUAAUUGUGACAUUUAAAGGGGAUCCAAUUUUAUGUAUUAAGUUCAGUUAAUUCAUCGUGAGUUGAAAUAAUAAAUGGAAAAUAACCCGAAUGAUGUUUUAGCAGAAAUUAAGAUGCAUUAUGGGAAAUGAAGGAUCCAGCAUUUUUGGAGCUUGACCUGUAUCGGGACCAUUUAAAAAAAAAAAAAUAAUAAUAAUAAUAAUUAUUACUUUUUUAUUCUGUCAGUACCCAAACUUUAUGGAAGUGGCCCUGAAUACUAAAUGUUUAAAUUUAAAUACCCCUGAAUGAAGAGCAUUUUUAAUUGGUUAUUAUCAGAUUUAAAGUCCAGUUAUAAAAUCAAAAAGGAUAAAAAAUUUAAAGUUAAAAAUCAGCAAAACGUGAAAUGAACAAUUGGAUAUGGGUGGGAAUUCAAACUACAUAGGUAUUCAGUCAAUUAUGAAGCUCAAACUAUUCUGGCCUUUUCUUGGUUUCCGUAUAAUAUAAUUUAAAAGGAUGCAAAAAUCUGCAUGGAAACAGUUAAUGCAUCCCAUGUUGUUGUUUGUAUGUGUAUCUGAUAAACAGCUUUAGCUGGUAAAACACAUCAUACCAGACUAGUUGUAUCAAUUAAUUGUUUUGGGGCACUUUAACUUUGAAUUCAGGGACGACGGGUUUUUGAUUUAUGAUUAUUUUUUUCUCCUGUUUAAUCUGCAAACUUCAGCCAUCACACUUUAUCCUAACAUCUAAUACACUAUACUCUCGUCUUGAAAGGUCUUGUUAAACUCCACUUUUUAACAAGUACAGAGUGAGAUGAUGUUUAUUUUAUUUUUUUAUGCUUUUUUUUUUUUUUUUUUUUUUUUUUUUUGGUCUCAAAGAGCUUCCAUAUGGUUUUUGCUCUGAGUUAGCUGUAGACUGUGAAAUGUUUGGUUGAAUCUCGACUCUCGCAUGUGUUCCUGUUCGUCUCUACAUACGUGCUUACUGUACACACUACUGUGCCGUUUAAAGCAUGCAUAAUCCUAGUUAUAACAGCAGGUCAGACUGCAUUUGGAAAAUAAUCUUUGGAGUGAAUAUGCUGACAAGAUGGGUUAAAAACAAAUUGUGCUUUUCAAAUGCGGUCAGAUCUGCUAAUAAUACAAUAUAAAUUAGGCUUGUUGAUCAAUAUAUCUAUUAUGAAAAGCUUUUGGGCCAGUAGUGUUAAUGAAGAGUUGAUAUAUGAUACCUGGUAUGUAUUCAAAGAUCUUGUUUUAAGGCCGUUCAAUCAUAACUAGCGUCUUAGAGCGUGUAAACGAUUGGCUUUAAGGUUCAUUCUUGACCUUAGAAGUAGACGUUUGAAAAAGUGUUUGACUCUUGGGGUCAGUUUUCUUCAGUUUCAUGCGAUCUGUGUGUCUAGUUUGAGCAGCCUGUAAUGUUAAAAGCCAAAGAUCUGUCUGUAGCUCUUCUGCCAUUUACGGAUAUUAUUAUUAUUUUACAAUUAUGCUGUUUUUGUUAUUUGUUGUUCAUCAGGUGUUUCUCGCAUGAUGACUUCCUCACAAGCAUGUGAGCUAGAAAACACAAAGUUCACUCUGUUGCUCUGCACUUGAUGGAGACAAAAUGGUGGUUUUAAUUUCAGACCUGAGCUGCAAAAAUCCCAAAUUAUUGUCGUCUUUUAGAAUUGGAAAAAAAGAUGAAUCUCAAAGAUUGUUUAUAACGAUAAAUUGACCAGUUGUCGAGUCAAGAUUAAAGUCAAUAGAAGGCUUAUUUAAGUGAAAGAUUUAGCUGAAUUUUGGCCUUUGAGCUCAGGUCUGAAAGCGCAGACCUCAGCAGUGCCUUUUCCAAAGUUUGACAGCAGCAGACAGAAAAACAAACCUGCAGGAGAGACUGAGGAUUUCAUCAACAGUUAACUGAGGCAGGUUUAUUUUUGUUGGUGUCUUGUGAUGUCUCUUUGAAUCGUUACCAAAUGUGGCCUUUCCUCUCACAAGGCGGGCUCUAUCUAUUAAAGGUGAAAUUAAAACAAAAA